AUGGCAAAAAUCGGACCCCUUGCCAACAACAUACCAAAGGACUUCCCUGAAGACUACCCUGUCUUUAUGCUCAGCCAUUUACAAUGGAACGAGCAAGCUCAAUAUUCAGAAGGAAGUUCGCAUCCACCUUGUAGUGGCCAAGAAGCCUGGUUCAAGAGAUUCGUUAGAGAAAUCAGCAGACUCGCGACUGAGACAGGCGAUUUUGAAUUUGUAUAUCAGGGGUUACCCUCAAACGGUCUUGGAAGCGAACCAUGGGAUCUGGUGGCUUUAGUGAAAUUCGCAAACAUCAACAUAUUCCGCAAUACUAUCGGCAGUGACCGCUACGCACCCUCUACAUUGGAACACCGUGACGCUGCACUGAAGAACUGGAAGUUGCUUUUCUUCACUUCGCCGAAGUCUAGGUCUACCGAAAACUGUUAG